AUGAUUAGUAGAGAUAGUAGUUGUUAUCCUGUUAGAAUUGAAUGUGCAAAAUAUUUUGGUGGAGUAGAUCAUUUAGUUGUACUUAGAGGAGAUCAAUUAAAACAUACUCAAUAUUAUAUUACUUUGACAGCAAGAGAAGCUACAAUCUUUUAAUUUAUGGCUAAAGUUACUAAAUAAGCAGAUAUCAAUAUUUAAGUAUUAAAAGAAGAUGAAACAUAUAGAGGAGUAUUAUAAUUAAUAGAUGGUUAAUAAAAAAUUCAUUAUUUUAGAGUCAUUAUUAAUUUUAAUUAAGUGGAUUAAAAUGUUGAAGUAAUUGAUGAAUAAUAACCAACUAUUGAAUUUGCUAUUCAUUCUUCAAGAAUGUAAGUAGCUUUAACUUUAAAUCAAGGUAAUCAAUUACCAUCUCUUAAAUCGUAUGAUUUAAUUACUUUUAAUAAUUAUUUAUCAAUAUAACCAUAAGAUUAAUUUUAUUAGAAUUCUGGUAAUUAUACUAUUGGAAUUCAGAAUAUGUUUGAAACAUUUUUAAAUAAAGAAAUUAUGUAUACUUUCACUUAUUCAACAAGUAGAACUGUUAAAACACUUCAUGUAGGUUAAUAAUUUGUAGAUUUAGUUAAAGGAUUCAAAUCUAAAUAUUUUAGUUUCUAUUAUAGUUAAAAUACUACUUUAUUUUAUAUUAGUAUAUAAAGUAAAAACAAUAAUAAAUUAACAUUAACUGUCUAAAAUGAUAUUAAACCUGAUAAUCAUUCUUAAUUUGCAAAAAGUUAAGAUUCAAGUACACUUAAAUUAUCAUAAUCUGCCUUAAAUAGUUUAUGUUUAAAUGGUCUUACAUAAGAAGACAAAGAAGAUGAUAUAGAUGUAAUGGCUAUUUGUUAAGCUUAUAUCAUUAUUGAAAAUCAUGGAAAUGAAGAUAUAUUAUUUAAUAUCAAUAUUUGGAAUCCAUAAACUGCUUUAGAACUUAAAGAUGGAUAAGAAUAUACUUUUAAUUUAGAAUAUCUACUUUAACAAACUUUUUUAUAUUAUAAAGUAAUCUCAACAUAAACUGAUGUUUAAUUACAUAUUAAUUCACAUUAUGGAUACACUAAAUAUUAAAUUUAAAUUCUAAAUUCUCAAAAUUAAGAAUCUAAUUCUCUUUAUGCUAAAGAAGAAUACAAAACUUAACAUUCCAAAAGUAUACAUUCUGAUGCAUUUGAAUUUUGUAAACCUGAUUGUGUAUUGAAAAUAUUAUUAGAAGCAUAAGAAUUAAUAUACUAAAGUGAUAGAAUAAUUAAUUUUGAUGAUACUGUGUAUGUCACAGUUACAUAAUAAUAUAUGGAUCUUAAAAGUGGAUUACCUAUUUAAAUAUCAGUAAAUAAGUUAUAGCCAAGAAAAUUCAUAUUUUCAGAAAUCAAUGAUAUAUCUCCUUAAUCAAGAUUCAAAUUAAUCUUACAUGAAAUUUAUGGAAAAGGAUCAAUUUGUCUAUUCUUUAAUGAUGAAGAUAAUAUUAAUAUAAAUAAAUGUGAAUAUGAGGUAUUAGGUAAUGUUUUAGAAUUGACAUAAGCACAAAUACAAGAAAAAUUGACUGAAUUAAAUCUUACUAGAAAUCCUUAUAUUAUAAUAUAAAUAUAUUCUAUAGUUGAUAAUAGUAAGUUUUAAUUAUCAUUAGAAAUAUCUAAUGAUAGGAAUAAUCAUAAAUUAAUGAUGGGAAUACCAACAAGAAUCAAAUUAGAUAUUCAAGAAGAAGUUUAAUAUUAAUAUUUUAAUAUCUAAAAAGAUGAUGAUUUAUACUUUAAAUUUAUUAAAGUUUAAGGCACUUCAUUGAUUUAAAUAUCUAGAUGUUUAGAUAAUAUAUAAAAAGAUUGUGAAGAAGAAACAAUUAUUAAUGAAUAAUUACUUGCAGGAUAAACUUACAAUUAACACAUAAUUCAUAAAAAUGAUAAUAAAAAAUAUUGUGAAUUAUGUACAUAUAUAAUUAAAAUAAAAACUAUAGGAAUUAAUGUAGAUUUAUUAAUUAUUGUAACUUCUUAAUUAAAUUUUGUUUAAUUACCUUAAAAUAUUGCAUUCACAGAUUACCUUGAAAAUCAAAAUGAUUACAAUAUCUAUCAUUUUUCUUAUAACACAGAUCAUUAAAUUGAGAUUUAAAUUAAUCAGUAUAAUGGUGAUACAUAAAUGUGGAUUGGAUAUAAUGCUGUACUUGAUACUUCUCUUUAUUAAUAUGGGCCAUAUAACAAUAUAAAAUAAUAAAAAUUAAUGAAUACUACUUCAUCAAUAUCUUAUUAUUAAGCUAUUAUUCCUCCAAGAGAACAUUUAGAAUAAACUAAUUAUACUCCUUAUGCAAAUGGAUCUCAUACUUUAGCAGGUCAUUAUAAUGAUGAUGAUCUCUAUAUAAUUGUAAAGAAUAAUUAAUAAAAGCCAUCAAAUUAUUCUAUACUUGUAACCUAAUCAACAACUGGUAAUGGAUAACUAUUAUAAGAUGGAAUCAUAACAUUUGCUUAUUUAAGUAGAUAAACCCCUGUUAUUACAUUAUAUCAUUAAUAUCGUUAUUUAAAAUAACCAUAAUUAGUAAUUAAAAUGGCUCAUUAUAGUAAAUAGUUGUAAGUUUCAGAUUUCUUCAGAAUAGAAGUAUCUAAUGAAACUGAACCAGUCAAUUACACACUACUUACACCUUUUUCAAGUAGAAAUGAUUAACAGACUUACAUUUUACCAAUUUUGGAAGGACUUUUAACUAUAAAGAUUCACAGUCUUCUAGAAAUCAAAGGAAAUGAGAAUAUUAAUAUUGAAUAUUAAUUUAAUCGUGAAGGUGAUAUUGUUCCUAUAAGAAAGUAGAAGAUAAAGGAUAAUUAUAAUUAUGGAAACAAUUAUUUAAAUAGAAUUGAUUUAUAAAUUAGUAUUGUAGGCAAAGAAAUCUUGAUGAUAGAUGAAAAAUCAAGUCUAAGUGAUUAAAUCUAUGAUUCUUAAGCUAAGUAUUAUGAAUCUUAUAUACCUUAUGAAGGCAAAUUAGCAGUUUAAGUAUAUAAUUGUUUAGGUGAAUUGAAGGUAUCAAUAACUCAAAAUUAUGAUGAAUUUAUUGAAGGAAUAUAUAAUGGUAGUAAGAUAACUGUAGAAGGCUAAUUAACAGAUAUUAUAGUGCCAGUUAAACCAGGACCUAUUUAUUUUUAAUUCUAAUCUAUUGAAAGUGUAUAUAAAUUCACAACAUAGGUGUACAAAGCAUAAGAUUUUGCACCAUUUGGAUAAUUAGUUAUGGGAGGUGAUGGAUAAAUAAAUUAUUCAUUUGAUACUUAUGAUUCAGAUUAUAUUAGUGUUAAAUUCAAACCAUUAAAAUGUGUUGGUUGUGAUCUUCAUCAAGAAAUGAAUAGUUUAGUAAAGUAUUCUAUUAGUUGGGGUAGUACUAUUUAAUAUGCUCAUGUGAUAGGUCUUUGUUAAUAUAAUUAAUAUGCAAAUUAUCAUAAAAAUCAUACAGAUAAUUUUGAAUAAGUAGAUAUUGGUCUUUUUGCACUAAAUCAUACUGAUUAAAUAACAUUUAAUAUUAUUGUUGGUAAUUAAUCUAUACAUUCUUAAUUAUUUAUUGCUAUACGUGCUUAAGUUUUAGUAUUUAAUAAUCUUACAAUAUAAGAUUAUGAAUCAUAUUAUCAUGUUGCUUAGAUAGCAAUGCCUAAUAUUUCUCUAUAUUGGUAUAAACAUAGGUUCAAUGAAUUUGGUAUAGGAGUUGUAAUUGUUGUAAACUAAUUAUGA